AUGAAGACCCUCUCGGCCCACAUCUCGGGCUUCUACUGGUCGUCGUUCCACGCGUACACGACCGAAGUGGCCGUCCACGGCCAUCGCUGGCGCCUCGGACUGCGCUAUAGCAAGUUCCACAGCUUCUACGACCAGCUCAUGGAGCAAGUGGCGGGUUUUGACGCCGAGUUCCCGCCCAAAGGCACGUUGUUCUUUACGCCCAAACCCGAAGAGCGGCAGCAGCAGCUCGAGGUCUUUCUGCAGCAAGUGCUUGCGUUCUACGCAGCGAAGGGGUACCCGGUCGAGGUGGAGAACCUGCUGUGUGACUUGCUCAAGGUCCCCGGCCACUUGCGGUCGCCGGAGCACGAGGACGACGAUGACGGGUCGACGGGUACGGAGAGUGGACUGGACGAACUGGUAGAACCAAAUGCAAAGAAGAAGACAGUGGACGAGGAGGGAGACGAAGAGCUCAAGACAAAGUCCGUGGCUAUGAGCGGAGGCGCUGAGGCGCACGCUGGAGGAGGCAAAGGGUCUGGUGGUGACAAGGAAAAAGAGGACGUCGUGGCUGCUGCUGAGCUGGUGCCGACUGUUGCUGCAGUCGCUUUGGAGACUUCUUCGGCUGAGCAGACGGCUGAAGCUCGAGGGGAGAAGGACGAAGCCGACGUAGAAGCUGAGACAUCAGUGGGGGCGGACGAUAGUGAGGAAGCUGAUGGUGCUGACGAAGAGGCGAAGGUACGAGUGGAGACAGCUACGAUUGCGGCGAGCAAUGAGGGGGUCGUUGUUGCUGAAGAAGAGGGGGCAGAGGCACUUGAGGCUGUAAAGGACGAUGAAGGAGCUGAUGCUGCUGACGAUGUACAAGAGGCAGUCUCGACAGUGGAAAGACAUGACGAAGUCGAUGGUGCUGAUGAAGAAACAACUGACGCACAAGCGGACGCCGAUGCGAUUGAAGAGGACGGCGAAGAAGGCAGUGGAGAGCGUCAUGAAGCAGAGACACAAGUAGAGACACCUGUGAUGGAGGAGGACUGUGGAGAGGAUCAAGUUGCUGAUGACGAGGAAGGUGCACAAGUGGAGACACUUGCGUCGGAGGAAGAUCAAGAAGCAGGUCGGGAAGAGCAUGACGCUAUGGAGGCACAAGCAGAGACACGUGUGAUGGAAGAGGACCGUGAAGAAGCUUCUACCGCUGAUGAUGAAGUCGAGGCACAAGCAAAGACGCGUGUGAUUGAAGAGGACUGUGAGGAAGCACGUGCCGUUGACGAUGACGCAGAGGCUACUGCUGCCACACCUUUGUUUGCAGAGGACAGUAAGAUGACUGAAGAAGCGACGGUCGAGGACAUGCAUCAGGAAGACACGACUGAUUGUGCUGUGCAACAGACACCAGUGGAAGCAGCAGCAGAGGAAGCAGUCAAGGAGGUGACCUGUACGAAACCUCAAGAGUGUACAGCGUUGCAGUACGAGAGGCCUUGCGAGCAGUCGGUUGUCGAGUCCGAGGCACACGAGUCGACCACCACCUUAUCAUCGUCAACGACCGUCGAAAAGCGGUUUGCCAGCGAGAGCCUGUCGGGCGCACAAGUGACCAAGAACCCGAAACAACUCGAUGCUCGUCGCUGCGUCUAUUCGUGGUUCACCGUCCAGCUGCCCAAGUCCAUGCUCCAGUUUAUCCGCCAGCGCUGCAUGAGGAAGACCAACCUGGCGGUCCUCUGCGUCGCACUGCUGCUACCAGUGGUGCUGGGUCGCAGUUAG